AUGGAAAAUGUUGCUCAAUAUUACUUCGAUGAGUUGUUGUCGGCAUCAUUUCUGCAAUUAGGAGGGAAAAAAUACUCAUAUGGACAUGGCCGUAAGGUUGAUUACUUUACAAUUCAUGAUCUGCUGUGUGAUUUAGCAGAGGAGGUUGCCGGAAGAGAUUGCUUCAGGAUCGAAAGCGGCUUCACAGGAGAAGUUCCUGAAGAUGUCCGCUAUCUUUUCGUUCGGACUUAUAAUGGAGAGAUGCUUACUGAGAAGAUAUCUAAAUUGCAAAAUUUACGUACUCUCAUCAUUGAUAAAAUGAUAAGGGUUCGAUCAAACGAGUGCAAAGUCUUUGGGAGUAUUUUCACUAUGUUUACGGGGCUGCAGAAAUUACGAGUACUGAACUUACGUUUCGGUGGACUUGGUCUUGAUAUGUUCUCAUUCCCAGAUUCAAUUUGUCAGCUGAAGCAUCUGCGUUAUUUUGCUUUCCGGGUGCCUCCACUUACGAAGCUAACUUUACCGACUGUUUUUACCAAGCUUUACCACAUUCGGGUGGUAGAUUUUGGUUUGUGUGGUAGUUUGACGUCUUCUAGUGGUGAAGAUAUGAUGAACCUAGUCAACUUGCGCCAUGUAAUCAGCAUUGCAAAUCUGGAAUUUCCAAACGUUGGCAGAUUGAUAUGGCUCGACACACUACCAUUCUUCACAAUAAGGAGGGAACGGGGGUAUGAGCCACAUCAGCUGAAACACCUAAACAAGCUUCAAGGCAAGCUGUUGAUCAACGGUCUUGAGAAUGUUGAGAGCAAGGAAGAGGCUCUUGAAGUCAAUCUUGCCGGCAAGGAAAAACUCACAAAAUUGGUACUCGAAUGGGAUGAUGAUAGCUGCACUCCAGAAGUUCAAGCAGAGGUUCUUGAGGGUCUUUGCCCAUCGAAGUAUCUUGAAAGAUUAGAAAUCAGGAAUUACUAUGGCAAGAGGAUACCAAAUUGGAUUACGGGUAAGCAUAAUGGCAGGCCAAAGAACUUGCAAGAACUUACAUUCAGAAGAUGGACCCAGCUGGGACCUGCUCCUGACCUUGGGGCUUUCAUUCAUCUUGAGUCGCUAUUUCUUUCUGACUGCAACUGGGAUGCCUUACCAGGCAACAUGGAGCACCUCACAUCGCUCAAGCAACUGGAUAUACAGUCAUGCAAGAAUAUACGAUCGCUUCCAACACUGCCCAAGUCUCUUGAGUGGUUAACCAUUAGGAACUGCAGCAGGGAUGCCUUACGAGGAAAUAUGGAGGACCUCACAUCGCUCAAGAAAUUUCAGAUCUGGAAUUGCAGGAAUGUGAGGUUGCUCCCAACACUGCCCAAGUCUCUUGAGCAGUUUAUAGUCGUGGGCUGCAAGUGCGAUGCCUUACCAGGCAAUAUGGAGCACCUCACAGCACUAAAGAGACUGGAUAUAGAUUCAUGCAAGAAUAUAGUGUCGCUUCCAACACUGCCCAAGUCUCUUGAGGAGAUUAACGUCAGGAACUGCAGCAGGGAUGCCUUACGAGGAAAUAUGGAGCACCUCACAUCGCUCAAGAAAUUUGUGAUCUGGAAUUGCAAGAAUAUGCAGUCGCUCCCAACACUGCCCAAGUCUCUUGACGAGUUUAAAGUCGGGGCCUGCAGCUUCAAUGCCUUGCCAGGCAAUAUUGAGCACAUCACAUCACUCAGGAGACUGGGGCCCAAUUCUUUUGCCAGAAUCUGUGGAUUCUCCUAG